GCGCUGCGCUGCCCUUGGGGACCACAUCCGCCCGUGUCUCCAUGACAACGCGGCCGCUGGGGCCCCGCGAGGCACUAUCGGCCCGCGCAUCAUCAUCAUCAUCAUCAUCAUCAUCAUCAUCAUCAUCAUCGCCGCCGCACCGCGCUCCGGGCGGAGACCGAGAAAACGUGUAAAAUAAAGGAGAGCUUCGGCUUCGGGGGCUGCACGGCCCGGAGGCGGCUCCAGCCCGGCGGUGCGGCUCCUGCUUCCCGCGUGAUCCACGAAAUCGAGUGUUGCCUCGCCGCGAUCUUUAUGAAAACAGGCAGCCAGAAAGAUGAUGCAAAACGUGCAUCUGGCUCCUGAGGCUGAUGAAGAUGAUCUUUAUUCUGGCUACAAUGACUAUAAUCCCACAUUUGACACAGAGGAUUUAGAAAAUGAUGUGGCUUUUCAACAGGCAGCAAGAACAAGUCAUGGUAGAAGAGUCCCUGUGACAGCCAAAAUUCCUGGUACACCAGCUUCAAGAUCUUUAGCAACUGGAUUUGGGUCAAAGGCAACUUUAACUUCAUCUAUGGGAAGACCAAUGACAGGAGCCAUACAGGAUGGGGUUGCUCGACCAAUGACUGCAGUGCAGGCUGCAGGUUACACUAAGGCAGCUAUGAGAGGUUCUUUGUUUGAUCCUCUUGGCCAAGGAAGAGGUCCUGCUCCACCUCUGGAAAUGAAAAAUUCCGACAGUACAGAAGAGAAGAUUAGGCAGCUGGAAAAAAAAGUGAAUGAACUGGUUGAAGAAAGCUGCAUCGCCAACAGCUGUGGAGACUUGAAACUGGCUCUUGAAAAAGCAAAAGAGGCUGGAAGGAAGGAAAGAGUAUUGGUGAGACAACGUGAACAAACUGCUACUCCAGAAAACUUCAACUCAGAUCUUACUUACUCAGUUCUUUUCAAUCUGGCCAGUCAGUAUGCUGCUAACGAAAUGUAUGCCGAAGCACUGAAUAUUUAUCAAGUUAUAGUGAAAGAUAAGAUAUUCAGCAAUGGAGGCAGACUGAAGGUGAAUAUGGGAAAUAUAUAUUUAAAGCAACGGAACUAUUCCAAAGCUAUCAAAUUCUACCGUAUGGCUCUAGACCAGGUAUCUAGUGCCCACAAAGAGAUGAGGAUUAAAAUAAUGCAGAAUAUCGGAGUUGCAUUUAUUAAAACUGGCCAGUACAUUGAUGCCAUUUCUUCAUUUGAACAUAUAAUGAGCACGUCCCCAAACUUGAAGGCAGGCUUCAACUUGAUCCUGUGUUAUUUUGCUAUUGGAAAUGGUGAGCAAAUGAAAAAAGCCUUCCAGAAACUGAUUGCAGUCCCCUUGGAAGUGGAUUAUGAUGACAAAUACAUCUCACCAAAUGAUGAUCCACAUACAAAUCUACUGAUUGAAGCCAUUAAAAAUGACAGCUUAAGACAAAUAGAACAUGAGAGGAAAUCCAUGGCAGAGGAGUACAUCAUGACAGCUGCUAAACUCAUUGCACCAGCGAUUGAGACGUCUUUUGCAGUGGGCUAUGACUGGUGUGUUGAAGCAGUAAAAGUUUCGCAAUAUGUAGAGUUAGCCAAUGACCUAGAAAUAAAUAAAGCCACUAUGUACUUGAGGCAGCAGGAAUUUAACCAGGCACUGGAGACUUUAAAAAUGUUUGAAAAAAAAGAUAGCAGAGUAAAGAGUGCUGCUGCAACAAACCUCUCAUUCCUUUAUUAUUUGGAGAAUGAAUUGGCACAAGCAGCUAACUAUGCAGAUUUGGCUGUGAAUUCUGAUAGGUACAAUCCAGCAGCUCUGACUAACAAAGGGAAUACUCUUUUUGCAAGCGGAGACUAUGAAAAAACAGCUGAGUUUUAUAAGGAAGCUCUCAGGAAUGAUUCCUUAUGCACUGAAGCACUUUAUAAUCUUGGUUUAACAUACAAGAAGUUAAACAGAAUAGAUGAAGCUUUGGAUUGUUUUCUGAAACUCCAUGCAAUCCUUCGAAACAGCGCUCAAGUCCUUUACCAGAUAGCAAACCUAUAUGAGAUGAUGGGAGAUCCCAAUCAAGCCAUAGAGUGGCUCUUGCAGUUGAUCAGCGUAGUACCGACUGAUCCACACGUACUUGCAAAACUAGGGAAAUUAUAUGAUAACGAAGGUGAUAAAUCCCAAGCUUUUCAUUAUUACUCUGAGUCAUACCGGUAUUUCCCUUCAAACAUUGAGGUCAUUGAAUGGCUUGGAGCCUAUUACAUUGACACUCAGUUUUGUGAAAAAGCCAUUGAGUACUUUGAAAGAGCAGCACUUAUCCUACCAACACAAGUGAAGUGGCAGCUGAUGGUUGCCAGUUGCUACAGGAGAAGUGGUAACUACCAGAAAGCUCUAGAGAAGUAUAAAGUCAUCCACAGAAAAUUCCCAGAGAAUGUUGAAUGCCUCCGGUUUUUAGCUCGCCUCUGCACAGAUAUAGGGCUGAAAGAAGGCCAGGAAUAUGAGACAAAGCUCAAGAAAGUGGAAAAGUUAAAAGAAAUAAAAGAGCAGCGCAUUAAAUCCGGCAGAGAUGGCAGUGCACGUAGCCGCAGAGAGGGAAGUGCUGGUCCUGAGAGUGGUGGCACCAAAGGGGAAAGACUGAGUGCCAAACUAAAAGCUUUGCCUGGAGCAAAUGAACCCUAUGAAAGUAGCAUCAGGAAAGAAAUAGAUGCCUUCUACAUAGAUCCACUUGGCCCACAAGCAGAAAGACCAAAAACUGCGGCAAGAAAAAGAGCUGAGGAAGAUGACUUUGCAGAUGAACAACUAGGAGAGGAUUUGCUUCCAGAAUAGCAUAUGGUCAACUCAUAAUUUUUUUCUCCUUUUAAAAGUUUUGGCAGAAAAAAAAUUAUGCACGAUGAUUUUUGUAGCAGAUUUUGAUACAAUAUUUGUGAAAUACUUUGGCUAUCUGCUAUCUUACAUUAAAAACCUGGAUUUGAAGUUGCGGUGUCUUUUACAAUUGAUUAAAUAAAAUAAUGUUGAGGUUUUUACUUACACAUGAAAACUACACAGGUAUUCAAACUCAUUACAAGCUGUAUCAAAUGCAUAAAGCUUUUGCUUUCAGAGAUACAUCCCAUGAUAAUAGGCAACACAGCAGUCUCUGAAAUUUCACCUUUCACUGCAAAAUACCUCACAGUUUGAAAGACCCAUUUCCCUCAUGCAAAGCCAGAGCCUACCUAAGGCCUGGGAAUCAACUUUCUGAAGAUGUUGGGUAUGACCUUGGUCAGCUUUAAGACCUCAGUUCAGCAAAGCACUUGAUACUGAAGAAUGAGUCUUCAUUUUAGUCUGUGCUUAGCCAAGCUCGGGCCAGUUUGCAGUCUCCUGGCAAUCUCUUAGGUAUUUUUGCAAUUAGGAGGGUUUUUUUAUUUCAAACGGUCAGUGGGUAGGAUUUCAAUCUUAUUUGUUCAGAAUUGCUAAUUAGAUUUCAGCUUUCAAAAUUACAUGAGGAUUGUGUGGCCAGCAGGUCAAAGGAGGUGAUUCUGCCCUUCUACUCCACUCUUGUGAGACCCCACCUGGAGUAUUGUGUCCAGUUCUGGAAUCCUCCACAUAAGAAGGAGAUGGAGCUGUUGGAAUGGCUCUGUUCUGUGUUCAUGCUUCUUCAUGAACCAUGAAGGGUCCAGAGGAGAGCUGCGAAGAUGAUCAGAGGGCUGGAGAACCUCCCGUAUGAGGACAGGCUGAAAGAGUUGGGGUUGUUCAGCCUAGAGAAGGCUCCAAGGAGACCUUAUAGUGACCUUCCAGUACAUGGAGGGGGCUACAGGAGAGCUGGGAAAGGACGUUUUACAAGGGCAUGAGGUGAUGGGAUGAGGGCAGAUGGCUUUAAAUUGGAGAGGGGAAGAUUUAGAUUAGACAUUAAGAAGAAAUUCUUCACGCUGAGAGUGGUGAGACCCUGGC